ACAACUUGACAACUAACCGAAAAUAUUUUUCAAAAAUCAAAUAUCCUAUUCAUGUGUGAUGUGGUUCAAUUCAUUGUUAUUUUUUCAUAGUAAUUUUGGGUUUUUGUAGCAAAACAAGAAUAUACUCGAGCCCUACCUUUUGAAAGCCCAUUAAUAAACAAUGGCCAACAUCAGAGUAACUUUCGUACUGCCAAACAACGCCCGAGACGAAUCCGAAGCCUCUCACGUAAUGAAGCAAGCCUACAAUUCAUGCAAAAACUUCGUAAACGAAAUAUUUUGGGCCAAAGAAACUGAUUUGAACAGUCGCGAUCUAUCAAAGGGAGAUUAUUUGGUCUUCGAAGAAUUUUCUAACAAAGACUACACCCAAUACACUGAACGAAAAUGCGUCGUAAUCAGCCCUCUAGCAAUAAGCGUGUGUUUAGUUGAAGGCAAACAAAUUCCCAAAUUUAAUUGGCCAAUUUUGAGCGUGGCUUUAUAUGGUUGCGAAGUCACUUGCACUCAACUGCCAAAAAAUCUGAAGGAAUCUAUAAAAGAGAAAGUGCAACUUAUGGGAGGGUCGUACAGUGGGGAUUUAACAAAUUCAGUCACUCAUCUAAUAUGUGGCUCUUCUAAUUCGGAAAAAUAUAGAUUGGCUGUUGAAAAAGGGGUUUUGUUAAUGUUGCCUACGUGGAUUGAUUAUAUGUUUGAGUUGAGUCAAAAAAAUAACGUCAACUGCCACAAUAAGAAAAUUCUGGAUGAGUACAAAUGUCCUCCUUUUUAUGGUUUGAGUAUUUGCGCUACAGGGUUGACUAGUGGGCCACAAAAAACAAGACUGUCGGAAGUUAUAAAGACUAAUGGUGGAAGUUUUACCGGCACUUUAAUUUUAUCCAAGACUGAUGUAUUGAUUUGUUAUGGAACUACAAGCAGUACGAGUGAGAAAUAUAAAUCGGCACGACGUGUUCCGAGUAUUUGGUGUGUUACUCCCAAUUGGAUUGACGACAGUGUGGAAAAAGAAAAGUCGAUUUACAAUCGUGAAAAAGUGGAUUUAGAAUUGCGUGAAAUCAUCACAAUGUGCAACAACCGAUUAAUAUUUGAGCAAUUAAACAAGAUAAUCGACGAUUGCGCUUUACACUUGUCGGACGAAGAAACCAGAUUCAAAUUGCAGCUGGAAUACGACAAAGAACUUUUGGGCAAAAAUCUAAAGCAAGAAGAACGCAUAGCCCACAUGCCAAGCCAAAUUAGUAACUUAAAACGUCUUCAGAACGAAAUCCAAACUCAAACUGCACUAAUUGAACGUACUCUACAAGAUGUAGAGCAAGUUUUGAUUGAUGUUGAGCAAAAAAUACCUCCACAAUGUACUUGUCAACGUAAGCCAACAAAUAAAGAAGAAACUUACUUGCUAAUUGAGGAUAUUAGCGCAAAAUUAAUAAACAGACAGCAACAAAUUGAGGAAGCUCAGGCCUGUGAUGAGUUACUAGCCCAAAUAAAUCCCGAUGUAGAAUCCAUUGCCCAGAUAAUGAUAAGGAGUCUUCAAAAUUUGGAAUCUAUCGAAUUGAAAAUUGGAAAAAUGAAAGAAAAGCUUAAUGAAGUUGAGUUUUAUAAGCAGGCGUGUUAUCACAAAUACAAAAAGGUCGGAAGGAAAUUGACCAAAUUUUGA